CCCCAAACAAACAUUAUUCUUCAUUUUCCACCCAAAUCCAUCCUCUCUCUUCUUCUUCUUCCAUUCUUCUAUUUAAUUCAAGAUGUCCACAGAACUCGAUCUCCGACGGACAUUGUUGGAGAUCGUCCGUCGUCCGCCGAUCAAGCUUCAAAUUCCACCGCCGACGACGUCGACGUCAGUAAUGGCGGGCGGCGAUCACGGGGGGGUGAUAAUUCAGAAAGAUCGAGUAGACGAGGAGGACGGGGGAGCGGAAGAAUUGAGUUGCCGUACACCGACGUCGGCGGAGAACAAGAUUCCGGCGGUGGAACAAUGUCCGCCGGCGCCACGGAAGCGGAAGAGACCGCCGAGUUGUAGAAGGAGAUUAAUGGAGCUUGAAUUUGUGGAGAUCGUGCAUAGAGAUGAAAUUGAACCGUAUUUAAAUUCGAGUUUUGAUCAUGAAGACAGAGUAAGAAAAUCUGCUAAACGAAGCUUCUGCGAGUGUAAAUGAAAUUGUUCGAUGCAUUAUUACUUUUUCACUAAAUCGCCAUUGUUAACCUUCUUCUUCUUACUUUUCUUUCUUUUUGACUUCUUCUUCUUACACCUUGAAUUAAUUAAUGUACAAUUUUCCUCUCAAGCUAAUUAUGUAAAACGAAUUAUCAUUACUACACGUUUUUACGUUGGAUUUAUGUAAAUUGAAUUUAAUUUCAGAUCCAAUUUGGAAGUUAAUUCAAUGAAAUGAAUUAACAGUUGAGAAUUUCAGGGAA